AACAAAACAAAAAAAAAACAGUGAUAAAAAAAGAAGAGAAAUUUACUCCAAAUGUCUAAACGAGCAUUGAACGUACAACCAGCCCAAUUAGAUAGUCACCCCAUGACAGAUACAAUAGACGUUUGCGGCAGGAUGCUUAGUUGUAGUCGAGGGGAAUCUCAUUAAGCCAGACAUGCUGGGUUUGGACGCGUCUCGCUUCCAUUUUUUCAUUAUUUUUAUUCAACUACUUUAACUGGAAAGCUUCUUACAGUGCUUCACCGGUUUAGACUCUAUAUUAACCGGAUUCGGAGCUGCUGGUAAAUACGCUUUACAGCAUGCUUUGCAUUAUUACAAGAAACGGAGUACAAGGUGAUUCCUUACAUGGAAAAGAAGAGAAUUGAAAUGGGGACCGUGAAAAAAUUCCCUCCGAUGAGCAUUUAGUACCGAUGAGCUCGAGACUCCGGGUAUUACCAAAGUUUAGAACGGUUCACCAUUUGAUAGUGCUAUUGACUUUUGCUUUUAUAAUAUCGUUUAUAUACCAUGAGAUAAUAGCACCAUCAAGAGCUUCCAAGUAUUGUAAAUGGCCUCAAGUCAAGUUGUCAGAAGGACAAAAAGGUUUCAUUAGUGAUCAAGAUCAGGAUCAACACCGAAGUCAAGACCUGGCUACUAACGUGUUAUUAAUAGCUGAUCCACAACUUAUUGAUAAUCAUACUUAUCCAGGACGAAACUCGUUAUUACUCGAUUUAUCCAAACACACUGUUGACCAAUAUUUGAAGAAAAAUUAUAAAAAUAUUGUGAAAAACUUGAAUCCAGAUUAUAUUUUUUUUUUGGGUGACUAUUUAGAUAAUGGGAGAUCAUCAAGUGAUGAAUAUUUCAAUAAAGAAUGGAAUCGUUUCGAAAAAAUCUUUCUUAAUUCUAUUGAUUCAAAGAAAUAUGUUAAAGAUGAAAAUUUAUUUAUAAAUUUACCAGGAAAUCAUGAUAUUGGCUGGUCCAAUGGAGUUAAGCUUCCUUCAAGAGAAAGAUUUCAAAAAAUUUUCGGUAAUCCAAAUACAAUUAACACUAUAAAUAAUGUUGAAUUUAUUUCAAUCGAUUCACUUUCGUAUUCUUCGUCAAAUGAUGCAAUUAAUUCUGAUUCUCGUAAUUUUGUCAAACAAACUUUUUCUCCAGCAAUUGUUAAAUCAAAACCAAGAAUCCUUUUAACUCAUGUUCCGUUGAAUAGAGAUCCAGCUAAACAAACUUGUGGUAAAUAUCGUGAAAGCUCUAAAUUUCACUUAUCUGGUGGUUAUCAAUACAAACUGGCUUUAGAACCAGAUAUUUCUAUAGAAUUAUUGAAUUCAAUCAAACCUGACCUUAUAUUUUCCGGGGAUGACCAUGACUACUGUGAUAUUGUUCAUACUGAAGCUGGCGUAACAGAAUCACCAGCAAGAGAAAUCACGGUCAAAUCAAUUUCUCUUGCAAUGGGUAUAAAGUAUCCCGCAGUUCAAUUAUUAACUUUUCAAAACUCAAAUGAUGAUACUCCCUUCAAUUAUAAUACCGACAUUUGCUACUUACCAACCCCAUACAUAAAUAUAUUCCAUUACAUCUUACUUUCAAUCAUCUCAGGUUUACUUCUUCUUUGGUGGAAUAUGAAACAAAGAUCAUCAAGAUACAAUUAUUCGAUCCUACCCACGUCUAUCCAUUCCACAGCCAUCUUAUCAAAUGAUAAGUACUCUUCUUCUAAUGCUACCAAAAUCUCAAACUUCUUAAAAGAGCAAGAUGACGAUACUACAAAAGCUAAACUAAUUACAAUCCCUAAGUACACCUCCACCACCCAAAACGCCUCCUCUCUUCCUUUUUCUGUCUAUCUUUCCAAAUGCAGAACAAAACUUAUGAACUUCAUGAAGAAAUGGAACUUAUUUGGUUUCGUAAAACACUGCUUGUUCCUAGGCUUGCUUGUUAUUUGCAUCUAUUACUUUGGUUUUGUAUUAACAGUCUAAUCCCAAUAUACACUCUUUCAUCUAUAGCAUUAUCAAUUGUAUAUCAAUAACUUACGACCUCCAACCUAGUGACUACAGCCCACCACCCAUCUUAUAAUAGUAUUGGUUCCAAUAAAACAAGUAUAUCGACAAACUACUCAAACACCCAUACACCCAUACAUUGCCCAAAGAGGAAGGUCAACCAACUUGAGCCGCAUCAGAAUUCCCACUUUGGAGUGCACAUAAUCGUUUUGGCACCAAAAAAAAAAAUGAAUUUAAAUAU